CUGACUUUAUGGGAAACGGAAAGACUUAGAGUUGUGAAUAAUCAAAGAAGAAGGAGCGUCGCUCGCUAGGAAAGGAAACCUUGAAUCUUCCUCUGGAUUUUGUCCAGAUAGCAUCUUCUAUAGCUUAUAUUUUUUAAUCGUAAACCCUCCAUUAUCUAAAGGCCUGUUUUUUUUAACUGAAAUUUUGAGUGUAGUGGAUAGCAAGUCUAAGCCUAUGGAUGUUAAUGGACUAAUAACUAAGGUGACAUGGAAGAUUGAAGUUUUGAGUGAUGUUGGUAGUAAGUCUAUGGGUCGUAAUGGACAAUUAACGAAGGUCACAUGGAGGAUUGAGAACUUCUCCACUAUUCAAGACAAGAAGCUUUGCUCUGAAAAUUUCACUGUUGAUGGCAACAAAUGGCAACUUAUUAUCUACCCAGGGGGGGCCAAUGAGGCUUUUUUGUCAAUUUUUUUAGGUGUUGCAGAUUCUGCAACUUUGGCUUCCGGAUGGACUAGAUAUGCCCAUUUCGGAUUGCUGUCAUCGACCAAUUCGAUCGUGAAAAUUCCAAAACACGAGGCCGUUGAACUUGAACAGCCUGCUGAGGAAGACAUGAACACAUUCUUCACUAUCUUAGAGUACGAGCUUUCAAGCUCUAGAAUUGUUUAUUCUAAAGAAGAAGCAAAGGAAGCACUGGCUAAAAUAAACGAAGCCUUGAAUAUGACCCCAGUUGAUCUUAACGAUUCAGGGAAGAUUUCUCCACUUAAGCAGGCAUUCAUGAUCCUAGCUAGUUUUGAUGGUUCCUCCACCACCCUUACAAUUGAGCAAAAGAAUGAGUUGUUGGGCUUGGAGGAAAGAUUGAAAGAACUAGCUAACCGAGCAGCGAAAGCAGUGCAGGACAAGAAUCAACUUACUGCGAAGGAAUCUAUCAAGCGGACAAUGACUCGUAGUUUGGAGAGCAGCCUCAUCAGAUAUAAGGAGGUCGAAACAGAGGUGAAACAGGUGGAUCAAAUACUUGCUGCCCGCCAUGAGGAAGUUGUAGAAGCACAAAAGAAAAGGGAGAAGAUGUUGGCUGAACGAAAUGGGAUAUACAGAAGUUGCAAGGAAAUGAAAAUGAAGUUGGAUGCAUUGGGAAAGGAAUGGGCAGUGUAUGAGGCCACUGCCAGGGUUGGUGAGGAAGAAGAGAAGAGUGUUGAGGCUGAAUGGGGAAGAAUCAAAGAUUUCAUCUCUUCCAUUAACGGAAAGAUUUAAGAACUGUAGAAGGAAUUUUGUAGGAUUGGUAUUUUGAGUUAGAUAUGCAUCUUGAUUUGUGUAAUUGGUUUUGCUUUUGUCUAAUAUUGUGUUUAAAAUAUUUUCUAGAAAUUAUGUAUUUUCUAAAUUAUCCUUA